CUCUCUCUUACAAAUUCCAUUGUUGCUCUGUGCUCAGUGCAGUCAUGUUUACAGGCAUAAACCCAAAAUCAUUUCUUCCUCCAUCAUCACUCUCAACCCACUUGGAUCCCCACACACACAAUUUAUAUGCACUCGAUACUGAAACACAGAUCCUCCUGCACUAUACCCGAUAACCCAGAAAACACCAAACGGAAAUGAAAGAAAAAAUCUCUCUUUUUCAUCAAUGAAGAAUAAUCUUUACCAGUAUCUACGUACAUGUAUGUAUUGAUUAUUGUAUUAUUUUUGGUAAUAUAGCUUUCAUCGAGUUCUUCUCUCUGAGCGGUCACAUGGAUACCACGAAGCUGCAGCAGAACCAGAAGAAGAGAAGAUGGUUCUUCCCUCUGAUCUCCACUCUCGUUCUCUCCACUCUCAUCGUCACUACCGUCCUCUCCAUUUCCUCACCUUCCUUCCGUUUCGCUCGCCGCCGUAGUACCAAAGCGGUUAAAACCCGCCCGAGCUUUGUGGAAUCCAAGCUUCAAAUAUCCCCAACCUCCACAGACCCAGUACCCAGACUAGCGUAUCUGAUCUCUGGCUCUAACGGAGAUGGGGAGAGCUUGAAGAGGACCCUGAAAGCUCUGUACCAUCCGAGGAACCAGUACGUGGUUCAUCUGGAUUUGGAGGCUUCGCCGGAGGAGAGAUUGGAGCUGGCUAGGUUCGUCCGAGAUGAGCCACUUUUUGCCGAGGUGGGUAACGUCAGGAUGAUCGUAAGAGCCAAUUUGGUCACUUACAGGGGACCCACAAUGGUUAGCAACACACUUCAUGCGGCGGCGAUUUUGUUGAGAGGCGGCGAAGAAAGGGAUUGGUUCAUUAAUCUCAGUGCCUCUGAUUAUCCGCUGGUGACGCAAGAUGAUCUGCUUCAUGCAUUAUCAGCUGUUCCAAGGCACCUUAAUUUUAUUGAGCAUACCAGUGAUAUUGGUUGGAAGGAGUGGCACAGAGCCAAGCCCGUUAUAAUUGAUCCAGGACUAUAUAGCUUGGAAAAGUCAGAUGUGUUUUGGGUCACAGAGAAGAGGAGCGUGCCAACUGCAUAUCGACUUUUUACAGGUUCUGCUUGGAUGAUGCUCUCUCGUCCAUUUAUAGAAUACUGUGUCUGGGGGUGGGACAACCUCCCAAGAGUUGUCCUCAUGUAUUAUGCCAACUUUCUUUCUUCUCCGGAAGGAUAUUUCCACACGGUCAUCUGCAAUGUAGAUGAGUUCCGAAACGCUACUGUAAAUCAUGACCUCCAUUUCAUAUCCUGGGACAACCCUCCAAAACAGCACCCACAUUUCCUCACUGUUGAGGACUACCAGAGGAUGGUCGAUAGCAAUGCCCCAUUUGCAAGGAAAUUUGGUCAUAAUGAACCUGUUCUUGACAAGAUUGACUCCGAGCUUUUGAGACGUAAUGGUACUGGGUUUGUACCAGGUGGAUGGUUUGACAAGGAAGAUAACUCAUCUGUAAGCAACUCCACCUACCUCAAGAUAAACACCACGGAGCUCAGACCUGGUCCAGGCGCUGAAAGGCUCCAGAGUCUCAUUACUGGUCUUUUGUCAGCUGAAAAGCUCCAUGGUUCGCAAUGUGUCUGAAACUGAAGGUCCAGUUGACCAACUUUGCUAGAACAGACCUCUCAUCAUAAUGGUUCAGUUAAUAAUGGAAGUAUGAGAAUAGGAAACAUACAUAGAUAUAGGAGUAAAGGGGGAAGAGAAGCUGUCCCCAAUAUUUAGAAUAUAUGUGAUACAUUUUACAUUCUCUGCAUAAUAACUGUGUAGCUCAAUCACUGAUGUUCUAGUUCGAUGUGUUAGAUUCACAGGAUUAAUCAAAUAUGAUGAUUUAAUUUUC